UUUGCAGCCCAAUCUGACACGAAAGGGUUUGGAUUUUGGAGUGAGUUCUUCAAUUUUCUGGAGACGGAUGCCACCGGAACCCCAAGUCCAUAACCAAUCGAUACCGGGUUAUGUACCCGAUUGACUGAAUCCGGGUACGGGUUACAUCGUCGUCUUCUUCGCCAUCGUGUUCCAGCUUUGUACUGAAGUGAGAAGCUCACAAACACACAGAUAUGGAUCCAUCAAACCAAACCCCUAAUCCGGACCACCCGUACAUUACCAGUAACAACCCGCUACAUUUCACCAUCCAUUUGCCGCAAUCAAACCCCAUUCCAAACCCUAACCACAGUUUCAAUCCAAUCCCAAUUUAUGAUCAUAACCCUAGUACCUCAAUCACUCAACAAUUGAUCUCUCUCUCCAUUCCGCGGAAGCGAAGGCAAGGCCGUCCUCGAAAUACCACAGCGUCGAACCAGGUAUAUAAUAAUGUACAAUUUCUCGGACCCCUGUCAGAAAAUCCCAAUUUCUCGAGACUUAAUGGAGUUGGAGGCCCUAAUGCUGUCACCAAUUCCGCUGUGCAAAGACAAAGCGCUGCCGACGUAUCGGACGAGAUCAUCGUGAUCAACAAGGAGGCCACGUCCGAGGCCUUGAUUGCGCUAACAGCUGGUUUUCCAGCUGACUCGCUUACAGAUGAGGAAAUUGAUGCUAGGGUUGUUUCUAUGGUUGGUGGGAUUGAACAGGUAAAUUACAUUCUCAUUAGGAAUCAUAUUAUUACGAAAUGGCGGGAAAAUGUGUCUACUUGGGUGACAAAGGAUAUGUUUGUUGAUAUUAUUCCGAAGCAUUGUAGUACUCUACUGGAUUCUGCAUAUAACUACUUAGUUUCGCGUGGAUAUAUUAACUUUGGAGUGGCACCAGCUAUUAAGGAGAAGAUUGUUCCUGACCCUAGUAAGCCAAGAGUGAUUGUUAUUGGGGCUGGACUGGCAGGGUUGGCUGCAGCAAGACAAUUGAUGUCAUUUGGGUUUAAAGUGACAGUCUUGGAGGGAAGGAAGCGUGCGGGUGGAAGGGUGUAUACAAAGAAGAUGGAAGGGGGGAAUCGGACAGCAUCUGCGGAUUUGGGAGGGAGUGUGUUGACAGGAACAUUGGGGAAUCCGCUUGGAAUUCUUGCCAGACAACUGUCUUAUACCCUUCAUAAGGUGAGGGAUAAGUGUCCACUGUAUAGACCAGAUGGGAAACCAGUUGAUCCAGAUUUGGAUCAGAAGGUAGAGACGGAUUUUAACAGACUUUUAGAUCAGGCAAGCAAGCUCAGGCAGUCAAUGGGAGAUGUUUCUCAGGAUGUGUCUCUUGGGGCUGCAUUGGAGACUUUCCGCCAGGUUACUGGUAAUGAGGUAAAUGAUCAGGAAAUGAGCCUGUUUAACUGGCAUCUUGCAAAUCUGGAAUAUGCAAAUGCUGGCUUACUUUCAAAACUUUCAUUAGCAUUUUGGGACCAAGAUGACCCCUAUGAUAUGGGAGGGGAUCAUUGCUUUUUGCCUGGCGGAAAUGGAAGGCUAGUUCAAGCUAUGGCUGAGAAUGUUCCUAUUCUUUAUGAGAAAACUGUGCACACAAUUCGUUACAGUAGUGAUGGCGUGCAGGUCGUUGCUGGGGCACAGGUCUUUGAGGGUGAUAUGGCACUGUGCACUGUUUCGCUUGGAGUUCUGAAGAAUGGGUCUAUUAAGUUUAUACCAGAAUUGCCUCAGAGGAAGCUUGAUGGAAUAAAAAGACUAGGAUUUGGUUUGUUAAAUAAGGUUGCAAUGCUUUUCCCACAUGUUUUCUGGGGCACUGAUCUUGACACGUUUGGGCAUCUUGCGGAGGAUCCUAGUCAUCGUGGGGAGUUCUUUCUGUUCUAUAGCUAUGCACCUGUUGCUGGUGGUGCUCUAUUGAUAGCUCUAGUAGCUGGAGAAGCUGCUCACAAAUUUGAGAGCAUGUCCCCAACUGAUGCUGUGACACAGGUUAUUCAGAUUCUUAAAGGGAUAUAUGAACCACAAGGAAUUGAAGUACCUGAGCCUAUCCAAACGGUCUGUACAAGAUGGGGUAGUGAUCCCUUCAGCUUAGGAUCGUACUCUAAUGUUGCUGUGGGUGCAUCUGGGGAUGACUAUGAUAUUUUAGCUGAAAAUGUUGGAGAUGGAAGACUUUUCUUUGCAGGGGAAGCCACUACAAGGCGUUAUCCAGCGACUAUGCAUGGAGCUUUUCUUACUGGGCUUAGAGAAGCUGCCAAUAUCGCUCAUCAUGCUAGGGUUAGAAAUUUGAAGUUGAAAGUUGAGAAAAACCCAUCAAAGAAUGCUCAUUCUUGCGCUUCUCUUCUUGCUGAUUUAUUCAGGCAGCCAGACUUGGAAUUCGGUAGCUUUUCUGUAAUCUUUGCUAGAAAAGUUACUGAUCCCAAAUCAGCGGCAAUUUUAAGGGUGACAUUUAGUGGACCAGGUAAGAAAAGUAAUGAUGGAUUAAAGCCUGACCAGCACUCAAAUAAAUUACUUUUUCAGCAGCUUCAGUCUCAUUUUAAUCAGCAGCAAGAACUUCAUGUCUAUACAUUGUUAUCUAAGCAACAAGCACUGGAGCUGAGAGAGGUGAGAGGGGGUGAUGAGGCCAGGCUGAAUUACAUUGGUGAGAAAUUUGGGGUGAAGCUGGUCGGGAGGAAGGGUUUGGGGUCAUCCGCGGAUUCUUUAAUAGCUUCCAUUAGGGCUGAGAGGGGAAAACGUAAACCUGGAUCAAAUCCUCUUAAAUCUGGUAUGUCAAAUUCAAAAGUUGCCACUGCAAAGAAGAGAUUAGUCAGAAAAGCUAAAAUAGUACGCAGAGGCAAUGGACUUGCUGCACCCAACAGAGAUACCAGAAUGAAAGCAGUUUGUACUGCCAAUAACCCUGCCCCUGCACCACACACUAACUCCGGUCCUAAACCAGUGAGCAAUAACACUAGCGGCAUGCCUCUUCCAAAUCCAAAUGAUGUUGGCGUGAAUAUCAAUAUGGGGUCUAAACCAGCUAGUAGUAACGGCUCCACACUUCAUCUAAACCCAAAUGUUGCUGCAAGAUUAGCAAGCAAUACCCCUAGCUCUAGCCAGGUUUCUAAUUCAAAUAGUGAAGUGAAUGUUAACAUGGUGUCUAGGCCAGGGAGUAGUGGUACUGGUUAUGCAGUGCCUUGGAAUUUGAAUUCGGAUGUUGCAUUUGGAGGACACGCCACUAUGUUCACCCCGCCUUUGAAUUCAAGUAUCGGUUUGGAUAACAACAUGGAUUCUAAACUAGGGGGCAGUGGCUCCACCCUGCCUCUGAAUUGGAACGUUGAUGCUCCAUCAGUGCCAUCGGGCAACAAAACCAGUAGCUCAACCCCUCCAAGCUUGACUCUUGAAGAAAUUUUCUGGGAUGAUAGCAGUGGCUCCACUCUUCUCCCAAGUAAUUGUGAUGAUAGCGCACAAACAUUUGAUCUACCUCCUAGUGUGAAUUUUGAUUUCCCAUAGUUGAUCAUGAAUCAUUAUUAUUAUUAUUAUUUCAAUCCAUCAUGGAAGUCUUUUAUAGUCCUGUCUCAAUUACUGCUGGUAAAUCAACCAGAAAGAGCCUCAAGUGUUCAUUGGCAGAGUUGAUUGGGGCGAUUCAUUAACAUUUUGAUAUUAACAAUACCUAAGCUCAACAUUUAUGUACUAACUUCUGUGGCAGAGGAAAUGAGUUGUACUUUGAUGUUAAUUAUCAAAUAUAUAAUGUACUUCUAUAGUUUUAUGGCA